AGUGUGUAGGCAGUGGUCUGACGCAGACUCGAGCAGCGCGAGCGCUUUAAUGCUCUGAAGGACAGGAGCUGUGCAGAGCUGGACAUGAGGCUGACUCCAUGGUCACACACAGCAGGACGUGUGUAUUGGUGUUCGGGGUCUGCUCUCGUUUAGCUCGAGUCUUCUGGACUUCAUGUGACGGAUCCACAAUGUUCAUCGCUGCAGCUUUCCCGAGUCUCCUGCUGAUGGUGAUCUGUGUGGUCAGCACCUCGGAGAAGCUGGGACAUGGAGAAGAUACGGAGUCUGCUGGAGAUCUGCUUCAGAUCAGCUCUUCUGAGGAGGAGAUACAGACUCCUUCUUCUGCUGGAUCUGGACCCAGCUUCAGCUCCAGUCUGCUGGACGCCACGGACACCUGGACAGAAGCUGACCGUCUGAGGGCAGAGGAAGUGAGCGUCUCGUCUCAAGACGUCGUCACCGAGGCCACCAUGUCCUCCGAAGACCUUCCUCUGAUCUUUGAGCCGUCUGAGGACGUCAUGCCGGCCAGAGCAUCAUCUGAACUGUCUGUCGCCAUGACGCCAGCGGCUGUAACCGUGGGAGACGCAGAGCUGGAGUGGAUGGUGUCCAUGGAUACGGAUCGCACUUCCUCUGAUGUCCGUGUCUCAGGAACGCUGGAGACGUCUGGAGCGAGAGAGCCAAUCACAGAGUCCCAUCUGGCAGAGGAGGAUUAUGGGACGACACAACCAGGUGAUGACAUCACACAGAGCGUCGUUACCCAUCAGGCUCUGCUGGACUCUGAGGUCGUUCACUUAGCGUCAAAACUGAAGACAGACAUCCCAAAAGAUCCCAGAAUUAAAGAGGAGCCUGAUGAAGAUGAAGAGGACGAGGAGAUGGACUCUGAGGAGGAGGAGAGUGAAGAGGACCUGACAGAGAGCACCGUGGCCCCCCACAGAAGUGCUCCGUAUGGCCUGAUCCCUCCUCCUCCCGUCUGGGUGCAGCAGAACCAGGGCCUGGUGCGGAGCUGGGUCGAGCUCAUCAGAGAGAAGGCUGGGUAUGUGUCGGGGAUGUUGGCUCCGGUGGGGAUCGGGAUCGCUGGAGCUCUUCUUCUGGUCGGAGCUCUGUACAGCAUCAGAGCGAUCCAUCGACGGAGGAACAGCUUCAAACACCAGAGGAGGAAGCCUCCCAGAGAAGUGCGCAGUGGACCAGACAACACCAUGCUGCUGGCCGACAGUUCAGAAGAUGAGUUCUGAGGAUCUGGAGUCCGAUCUCACACAAACACAGCAGAAAACCGUCCGAUCACGCGCUCGUCUUCACCUGCAUCCACACACUUCUGACAAACUGAGAACGUGAACAUUUAAGAGUGGUAUUUUAGUAGCAUUGAGAUGCUAAGUAAGCUUUAUUCAUAUUUUUUUUUCAUUUUUAUUUUAGUUAAUCAUUUUGUUGUUGUUUUUAUUGUAUUUUAUUUUUAUACGUCAAGUAACUAAAUUCAAAUGAGAUUUUUUUAUGAAACCAAAAAUGUUACAUUUUUCAAACUUAUUUCAAAAGUAACAUUUUUUUAAUGUUUUGUCAUAGUUUUACUUUUUGUUACAUUUUUAGUUAACUAUAAUAACCAGUCUUCAAUAAAGCAUCUUGUGUGAAUAUUAAUUUUAUUAACUCAAAACAAAAAAAAGUCAAUUAUUCCACUUGUACAAAUGUGUUGAUUUCAUUCUAUUUUUCAAGUUGUAGUCCGCUGAAGUCUCUGCUGUAAGAUGCCAUCAUCCAUUCAGAAACAUCUGAUAUCAAACAUUAAUAACAGCAGAUAUAAUAAUAGUGCUUUCAUUCAUCACAGCUCGUCUGUGAACUCAACACCCACAACUCUUCACGAUUUCAGCAAGAAAUGCUGCUUUAGGACAAUAUCUAUAAAACUAAACAUCAUCAGGCAUAUCACAUUUCAUUUCGAAAAUAUGAGAUCGUAACAUAUUAAAAUGAAUCCUCUGAGUGAAAGCACUCACGCAACAUAACGUGGAUCUGUUGUACAUACAGUAUACAGAUGUUUGACUGUAAAUAUGAUUGUUCUGAUGUUGUUUCACCCUGACGUAUAUGAACUCGUUUCACGUGACGUGUGUGUUUCCUUCAGUGCAGGCUUCUUCUGGUGUGAAUCUCUUUACAGUAAGAGUACAGGAACAUGUGAAGAAUCACAGCACACUACUGUAAAUACACUCAAAUAAAUACAGUCAGAUAUCUGCU